AUGACUCGCCUUCCACUCCCGGUACCAGCCCCAAUCGAUCCCUCAUACCAACCCACAGCAUCCAUAGAAAAAGUCCCUGCCACAACACCAAUUGAAUAUAUUCUCGCAAUUCUCGAGCGGGAUGGCGGAGUAAUCCUCACAGAUCUUGUUUCGAAGGACGAGCUAUCCGCGAUCGAAGAGGACCUCAAACCCUGGAACCAAAAGCACCGUCGGCAUCUCGACCCGACUGUGGACGGUGAUGCAUUUACCACGAUUCCUCCGCAGACAACACUUGUCCCAGGGCUAGUCGGGAAAUCUAAGAUGGUCGCUCAAAUAUGCGAACACCCAGUCCUUGAGGAACUGCGACAGCGGAUCCUUCGCGAUGACUUUGUCCUAUACCGCGAGGGCAACGCUGAGCCCAACACGCUAGAUCCAUUGCUUAGUCUGAGUGUAUCGAUGAAUAUCGGCUAUGGAGCCCCGCGGCAACUUCUGCACCGUGACGAUAACGUCCACAAUAUCCGCCACACACGGAAUCCAUUUGUGCCAUGGAGCUUCAAGCAGGCGAGCCAGUUUGGGUGUUUAAUUGCCGGAUGUGAGGUGACGAGGGAAAACGGGGCGACAAUGUUCGUUCCGGGAAGCCAUAAAUGGGAUGAUGACCGGUGGGCUCGCGCCGAUGAGGUUUGCUUUGCCGAAAUGUCGCCCGGUUCGGCUUUGAUCUUCCUCGCGUCGGCCUUCCAUGGCGGUGGGCAUAAUUCUGUACCCGAUUCUAUCCGAACGAUGCACAGCUUAUUCUUUAUCCGUGGCCAUCUCCGAACCGAAGAGAACCAAUUUCUCGCUAUCCCACGAAGUAAAGUCCGUGAAAUGAGCCCCAAAAUGCUGGAACUAUUGGGCUACAAAAAGCCGACCACGGCGCUGGGUAUAGUAGAUAACAUGAGCCCGGACGAGGAUGUGGAUGGCAUCUGGGACAGGGCGGUACAAUAG